AUGGGGUCCCCGGUGGCCUGUACUUUAGCCAACCUUUAUGUGGCAGGCUUUGAACAGAAAUACGUUUUUUCCAGUAGGAAUAAGUUCAUAGGUCAUAUUGUACAGUACCACAGAUUUGUCGACGAUGUUUUCGUCGUGUGGGCGGGGACGGAGUGCACCUUUGUGGGCUUCGUCUCCGCCCUGAACGAUGAAAACGACAUGAACCUUAGGUUCACUUGGAAAGUGGGGACCCCAAUGUUGGAGUUCCUAGAUGUGGAGGUUGGUGUCGAGGAUGGUAAGGUGGUUACUAAGGGCUACCGCAAACCUACGGCAUGCAACUCCCUCCUGCACUUCAGAAGUUAUCAUCCCGAACAUGUGAAGAGGGCUGUCCCUUAUGGACAGUUCCUAAGACUUAGGAGAAUAAAUCCUGAGGAAAGGGACUUUGAGGUAAUAUGGUUGGGAUUAAAUGCAUAUUUAUUUAUUGAUACCUUUAUCUGGUAUGAUAAAGCUGAUUCAUACUUCUAUACACGGAUAAUACUAGGGUCUACAUUAGCAUGGGCAAGAGCUUCCGCAAUGUGUCUAAACUUCAACUGCAUGCUGAUUUUACUGCCGGUCUGUCGUAAUUUUUUGUCUCUACUCAGAGGAACCAGUGCAUGUUGCAGGGCUGAUCUGAGAAGGCUGCUUGACAAAAACGUUACAUUUCAUAGGCUUGUUGGCUAUAUGAUUACUCUUCAUGCAGCUAUUCACAUUAUUGCACAUUUUAUUAAUAUGGAACGCUACCACAUGAGUCAGUCAGCAGAGGCUGGGGAACUAUGUAACAUACUUGUAAACAUCGGCAACCAGUCAAAUGAAAACUACUUAAAUCCCAUAAGAGGCUACAAUAAGAAUAUCAUAAUGGAAGUGUUUGUCUCUGUUGCUGGAAUCACUGGCUUUGUCAUCACAUUGGCUCUUGUGUUAAUUGUAACUUCAUCUACAGAACUUAUAAGAAGGUUGUUUUAUGAAGUCUUCUGGUAUACCCAUAACAUGUUUAUUAUUUUCUUCAUUGGACUUGUUAUACAUGGUGCAGGACAGGUAGUUCGAGGACAGACACCACAAAGUAUGGCAUUACAUAAUCUUACUUAUUGCAAAGACCAUUAUUAUGAGUGGGGUGAAACUACUCAAUGUCCUGUACCACAAUUUUCUGGAAACAAACCAGUGACAUGGAAGUGGGUGUUUUUUCCUACGGUAUUAUACACAUGUGAAAGGGUCAUUCGAUUUUGGAGAUCUAAGCAAGAAGUUGUCAUCACAAAGGUCAUCACUCACUCAUCCAAUGUUCUAGAAAUUCAGAUGAAGAAAAGAGGUUUUUCUAUGGAACCAGGCCAAUAUAUAUUUCUUCAGUGCCCUGCUGUUUCGUGGCUAGAAUGGCAUCCUUUUACAUUAACUUCAGCACCAGAAGAACAGUUUUUAAGCGUGCAUGUGAGGGCUGUUGGAGAUUGGACACAAGACCUCCUUACUCAAUAUGGUGCAAGCAGGAAUCAGUCCUUGGAGCCAUGGCAGUUGCCGAGAUUGGCUGUUGAUGGACCUUAUGGAUCAGCUGCAACUAAUGUAUUCCACUACAAUGUUAGUGUCUGCAUUGCAGCAGGGAUUGGAGUAACACCAUUUGCAUCUGUACUCAAAUCUAUAUGGUAUAAAUGUUGCUCUUCAAGUAAUAAUUUGGGACUAAAAAAGGUAUAUUUCUAUUGGCUUUGUCGGGACACUCAUUCGUUUGAAUGGUUUGCUGAUCUUCUCAUCUCCUUAGAAGAACAAAUGUCAGAGCAAGGCAAAACAGACUUUUUGAGUUAUCAUCUUUUUCUCACUGGCUGGGAUGACAACCAGGCAGCCCACAUAGCUUUCCAUUGUGAUAAUGACCUGGAUGUUAUUACAGGACUAAGGCAUAAAACUAAUUUUGGAAGACCUAACUGGAAUAAAGAAUUUAGAUAUAUAGCAGACAGACAUUCAGGAACAAGUAUUGGGGUAUUCUUCUGUGGACCAAAAUCUCUCUCUAAAAAACUUAACAGUAUGUGCCGUUUGCAUUCAUCAUCUGAUCCAAGAGGAGUCCAUUUUCAUUAUAACAAGGAAAGCUUUUAAAUCUGUCCCUGUAGAAUUUUUUUUAAUUAUUAUUUGUACUAAAAUGUUUCUGAGAAAUCUUACCAUAUUUUUUUAUGGAGCUGAAUGUAGUAGUCAUUCCAGCAGCCCAAAAUGGUAUCUAUGUGUAAACCAGUCAGACAUAUGCCAUUGUACCAAUCAUCUGUGUAAUAGAAGCACGUGUGGACAAAAACCUAGUGAAAUCAGAGACUUAUUUGGUCUUAAUUUUGGAAAGGUAUGAAUAAAAUAAAGUGUUUACUUCUGUAGACAUUUGUAUUCAGAAAUUAGUUUUAUAAUCACAUUGUAAUCCUUGAUAAAGCUGAUAAUUAUUUUAUAUUAAACUCUCUUUCAUAUGUGGAAAUUUUGUAUAAAUAUAUAAUAAAUGUAAGGA